GAGGUGCGCAUGCGCUGGCCGCCUUUGCCGACACAGGGCAGCACUGACGGGCACGGGGGCAGGGUUGGAGUAGAGCGGGCGCAGGAUGGACGAGGACGUGCUGACCACUCUGAAGAUCCUCAUCAUCGGCGAGAGUGGGGUGGGCAAGUCCAGCCUUCCAAGUUCUGACAUUUUAGGCAUUACUCUCUUACCCCUCCAGAAAAAGUCUGCCUUUUUCACACUGUUUAAGUUUAAUAUUGUCUACGUGAAACAGGCUAUGUGCAAUCAAAAACGUACUGUGGUUCUUUUUCCUCGACUUUUAGAGGCAAGUGCAAAAACCUGUGAUGGUGUUCAGUGUGCCUUUGAGGAGCUUGUUGAAAAGAUCAUUCAGACACCUGGACUGUGGGAAAGUGAGAACCAGAACAAAGGAGUCAAGCUGUCACACAGGGAAGAGAGCCAUGGAGGAGGAGCCUGUGGUGGUUACUGUUCUGUGCUAUAAACUCUGGGAAUUUCAUCUCUUGCAUAUUUGAUCAGAUAGUGACAUCUUUCUGUAUAUAAACUCUUAACUGCUCUUAGGGACCUUGCAGUUUGCACAUCAUUAUUUUUAUCAUGGCAGUGAGUAUUUGCAGGAAACCCCUCAUUGGCUUUCCCAGGUGAAAGGUAUGGUAAGCAUGCACAGUUUGCAGUCUAUAGGGGGUUUUUGGGGGGAUUUUUGUUUUUGUUUUGUUGUUGUUUUUUGUUUGGGGUGUUUUUUUUAUGUAACAUAAAAUAGAUGUACCUUUAUGAGUACAUUUGAUUUUAUGAUUUACAUUUAUCAUGUCAUUUUUAAAAAACAUCUGUCUAGUAUGUGUUGCUGAAAGUCUGCUUUUAUUCUCCCUGUUGCUUAAUUACUGAAUUACUUGGUAUGUAGAACUAGAACCAUGGGGAGGUUUCCCUUGAGGAAUAACAAAGCAUGAUUCACAGCUUUUUUAGGAUGUUUUAGAGUCUUAGUACUAAGUAAAAUUCUCACUUCAGAAUAUAGCCCAGGCCAAUUUAUAAUUAAAUCUCUAUUUGUUCUUGAUGAUGUUUCCAAAAUAGUAUUGCUAAGUUAAAGAAGUUUGGUGUUUUAAUUUACUCCAGUGAUUAGCUCAGUUGCCCAGCAUUGACUCUGUGUUGCAUACACUGGGUUCCUGGUCAUGAUGCAAUGUUUUGGUGACAUGGCAUCUAUCAGGCUUUCUGCCAUUUGGGUUUCAGAAGAGCAUGGACAGUAUAUCAUAGCUUCUUCAGUACUUCCACUUUUAAAGCCAGCACGGUUUUUCACAAGUGUUGGUAGUGUUUGUCCAGGUGCCUCAGUUGUAACUUGUGUAAUGACUGUCUGUAUCUUAUGGCUUCCAUAAAUGACUAGUUGCUAUUCAAAUCAUAUUUUUGUGAUUUGAAGAUGGGGAAGGAAAACACUAAAUGACAAUUUGAAAAAGGUGUAUUGUUCCAAAUUCUGACUGGUGGGGAGAUGCUAUUGCAGCAAGAUCAUUGAUACGUUAUUGUAAAAGUAGCCACUAGUUUAUUACAAACCAACCUGUACAGGUUAAUAAACCUUUUCCACAUACUCAGUUUUCUAACUCCUCAUUACGGUACAUUGUAUGUUUUCUCACUCAUACAUUAUUUAAUUUCUUUGACUUCUGCUAUUUAUGCUCCAUAAGUAAAAUGUACUUAGACUGGUCAUUGUAUUGUUCCUUAGUAAGAUUCUGAUAUUAAUUGUUACAGUUUAUUAUCUAUGUACAAUGGUAAAUGAUAAACAUUUUGUGUACCUUGCAAUCUGUGUGUUAAUGGGUUAACUUCAGAUUGGUUUCUUUCUGAACAGGGUGUUUUCAUAUGGAAACCUCUCAUUACAUCCUUUAUACUUGGUAGUCUACAUGUGAUUAGAGCUUUUAUACAUUCUGUAUAUUUUUAUUAAAUGUAAGACUUUUGCUUCUAUAAUGUUAGAGGAAGGUAGCUCACACAUGCAUUUAUAAUUUAGUCACAUUACAUUAAAUUUUAGAUUUAUGUACAUUUUGUGUCUUGUCUGUCUUAAUAAGACUUCUGCUUGUUCUUGCUUUA